AUGGCCACGCUGGGCCUCAAUCCUGCUGACUGCCCAUCAGAGGUCAGACCACAGGAUGAUGGCAUGAAGUACCAUGACAGUCCACACCAAGGCAUGGAAUUUGAUUCUCGAGACCGUCCGUGGGCUGCUCAACAGAGCGGUGGCUACUGGCAGGAGCAGUGGAGGCCUGACAGCGGAGAAUAUGGCUUUGCAGGACAAGGUGGAAAUAUGGACUGGACAUCUGGUUGGCAGAUGCCGAUGGCCGUGAAUGACGGGUGGCAAAACAGGAACCGAAACAGCGCCACCAAGUCCAAGCGGCGGUUUUGCACUUCUUUUCCAGAUGUCAGUCAGUGCCGCCGAGGAGCUGGCUGUGCUUUUGCGCACUCGCGCGAGGAGAUAGCAGUUCCCCUUCUGUCUAUCGCCGAGGAAAAUCAGGAGCAACAUGCCUUGACGGACGACUUCUUCAUGUACAAGUACAAGAUGAGCUGGUGUCCGGUGGGCGUUCAACAUGAAUGGCACACCUGUGUCUACGCUCACAACUACCAGGAUGCACGACGCCCUGUGACCAUCGGCUACGGAGCAAGGUUGUGCCCAUACUGGAGCAAGAAGGACACUGGCGCUGAGUACUCCCAGAGGUGUCCUCUUGGCCUCCGUUGUCCUUACUCCCACGGUGCCAAGGAGCAGCUCUAUCACCCACACUACUUCAAGACGGUGGUUUGCCGUGACCUUCGCGGUAAGGCAUGCCCACGGCACAAGCUUUGUGCCUUCUAUCAUCACCGGCACGAGCGUCGCCCAACUCCACCUGAUGACGUUGAGUACACGAAACCGCUUUCCUCAGAGGCUUUGCCAGAAAAUUGGGUUGCGGACUUUCUGUCCCCUCCGUUCCACGCUGAAUCAGGGAAGCCCAGAAUGGAUGACGGCAAGGAUCGCAACAUGAUGCAAGCUCCCGGGCAGAUGGAACAAAGUGGCCAGUUUGGGCAAAUGCAGUGCGGCAUGCCUUUCUUCCCAAUGCUGCCCGGACCUUAG